AUCUGACCAAUCAGAAAGCGGGAGGCCGGCGCAGGAAGUGAGCGACCAUGUGGGUUGCAGAGGGGUGAACGGAAGUCAGAGAACAUGCAGGCAGCAUUAGAAAUAACCGCCAAGUAUUGCCGCAAUGAGAUGGAGGAGUAUGGGCAGUGUGUAACCAGCAAACCAGGGACAUGGCAACAGGACUGUCACAUGCUGAAAGUAAAGGUGGCUCAAUGCACUUCUUCCCACCCAGUUAUUAAGCGCAUCCGCUCUCAGUGUGCAGAACCCUUUGGGGCAUUUGAGCAGUGCCUGAAGGAGAACCAAACGUCUGUAGAAAACUGCACCAAGCACGUCACGGAUUUCCUCCGCUGUGCGGAGAGUGUCAAGCUUGCGGAAUAGUGACUUAGUCUCCACUAUGGAGUAAGGAUGGAGUAAGGAUUGCUGGCUGUUCUGAGCCCCUACUGGUAUUACUUGCUGUGCAAGGCUGCACUCCUGCUCCGGGUGUAACACAAUCCAUGACCUAAGAGUUUAAAGGGCUCCGAAAACUGCCACUUACUUGAACUGCAUACUUUGUAAACAUAUGUGCUUUAUGUGAUAUGUUGUCCUUUGUAAAGUUAGGGCCUUGAUGUAUUUAGAUCUUUUGACUAUUAAACACCAUAUUUAUUAACA